GUUCGGCGCUGCGGAGCUGCGCGGCAUCAGGUCCGGCUGGUGAAGGUUACAGGGACGCGCCGUCUGUCGGCUCUCGGCUCAGGAACCCUGCUAAUGUCACAGCAGCUUCCGCAGUAAGCCCUUAUCUUGGAGCACCUUCACCCAAGAACCAUGUAUCAUCCCACGCCUCUCCUGCUCGCUCUGUCACUCGCACUCUGCUCCAGUCCUGCAGAUGGUGAAGUUCCUGGCAUCUUUGACGAUUCCUCGGGCUAUGGACCUGUCUUUGAGGAGCAGCCAAUUGACACCAUCUACCCCGAGGAGUCUCAGGAGGACAAGAUAAUCAUGAGUUGCAGAGCACGAGCCAGCCCACCUGCCACAUACAAGUGGAAGCUGAAUAGCUGGGACAUUGAGAUCCCGGAGCAGGGUAACAACCACUACAGCCUGAUGGGAGGAAAUCUGGUCAUCAGCAAUCCUGAUAAGAGCACCCAUGCUGGGAAUUACUCCUGCCUGGCAACAAACAAGUUCGGCACCAUCAUCAGUCGAGAGGCGUCUAUUCAGUUUGGAUAUCUCGACAUGUUUUCCACAGAAGAAAGAGAAGCUGUUCGUGUGAGAGAGGGUCAGGGAGUGGUGCUGUUAUGUGCUCCUCCUCCACAUUUCCCAGAUGACCUUACCUUCCGCUGGAUGCUGAAUGAAUUUCCCAUUUUUGUCCCGCUGGAUAAGAGACGCUUUGUCUCCCAGACCACAGGAAAUCUCUACAUUGCUAAAGUAGAGGCUUCCGACAGUGGCAACUACUCCUGCUUCGUCUCCAGCUUAUCUAUCGCUAAGAGUGUCUUCAGCAAGUUUAUCCCUUUAGUCCCACAGACUGAACGAGGUUCUGUUCGGAAGUAUGCAGCCGAUAUAAAAGUGAAGUUUCCGGACACGUAUGCGCUUGUUGGACAGAACAUCACCCUGGAGUGUUUCGCAUUAGGAAAUCCCAUUCCGCAGAUCCGAUGGAGGAAGGUGGACGGGGCACUGCCUGUCCACCAUGAGAUCAGCAUGGCAGGUGGACUUCUGCACCUCUUUAAUGUGCAAUAUGAGGACGAGGGGGUUUAUGAGUGUGAGGCUCUCAACUCUAAAGGCAAAGACUGGCACAAAGCAAACCUCUUUGUGGAAGCUGCUCCAGAAUGGGUGGAGCACAUCAGCAGUAGCGAGAGGGACAUUGGAAGUGACUACACCAUGUCCUGCGUAACCAGCGGAAAGCCCAAACCUCAUGUACACUUCUUAAAGGAUGGCCAUAUGUAUGGAAAGCAUGAGUUGCACUUCACAGACCUGACACCUGAUGACUCUGGGAUGUAUCAGUGCAUUGCUGAGAACCGCCAUGGAGUGAUUCAUGCCAAUGCUGAACUGCGAGUCUUUGUGGGCGCUCCUUCAUUUGAGCUCAACCCAGUUAAGCAGAGGCUGCUUGGAGCGAAGAACAGCCGUGUAGUAAUUGAGUGCAAACCUAAAGCGGCACCCAGACCCACGUUAUCCUGGAGCAAAAGCACAGAGCUGCUCUCUAAUUCCAGCAGGAUUUUCAUUUGGGAGGACGGGAGUCUGGAGAUCCACAACGUUUCAAAGUCAGAUGAGGGGAAGUACACAUGCUUUGCUGAGAAUGACAGAGGCAAAGCCAACAGCACUGGAUCUCUCUCUGUCACAGAUGCCACUAAGAUCACGCUGGCUCCCUCUAACGCUGAUGUCAGCGUGGGUGAAAAAGCUAGGAUGCAGUGUGGUGCUUCACAUGAUUCGAGCCUCGACAUCACCUUUAUCUGGUCUCUUAACGGCCAUGUCAUUGACUUUGACAAGGAGGAAGAAUACUACCAGCACACCAUUGAUAGUCAGGCAGGUUUGUCUAGCUGUGAGCUGCUGAUUAAGAAGACUCAGCUGAAACACGCAGGCCUCUACACCUGCACAGCCCAGACGCCAGUGGACAAUGUCACCGUCUCUGCUGACCUGGUAGUGAGAGGCCCUCCGGGAGCUCCAGGAGGAGUGCGUGUGGAGGAGCCCGGGGUAAAGUCUGUGAAGCUUCUCUGGAGUCAUGGCACAGAUAAUCUCAGCCCCAUAUCCAAAUACACCAUCCAGUACAGGGAGACCAGAACCCAGGAGGAUUGGAAAGAUGCUGUAACAUCUCCUCAUAAUGUAGAAGGAAACGCAGAGAUGGCCACAGUAGUUGAUUUGUCUCCUUGGACUGAAUAUGAGUUUCGAGUCAUUGCUACAAACACUCUGGGUACAGGAGAACCGAGUGAGCCCUCAAGCAAAAUCACCACACUGGAAGCAGCUCCUGUGGUGGCACCAUCAGAUGUAGGAGGAGGUGGGGGAACGAGUAGAGAGCUCAUCAUUACAUGGACGCCUGUUCCGCCACAGUACUACUACGGAAGUAACUUCGGCUACAUUAUUGCAUUUAAGCCUCAGGGUAGCUCUGAGUGGCACAGAGUGACAAUAGCUGACCCUCACACCAGUCGCUACAUCCACAAAGAUCCUUCUAUUCCUGCAGCCACAAAAUUUGAUGUGAAAGUACAGGCCUUUAACCAUGCAGGCGAGGGACCCUACAGCCUCACUGCUACUAUAUACUCUGCUCAGGAUGCACCCACAGAGGCUCCAAUCAUCACGGAGGCCAGAACCCUGUCAGCGACGGACGCCAUUGUGUAUUGGCGACCCAUCACGCAGCAGACAGUCGAGGGCUAUCAGGUGAGGUACUGGAGGAAGUCUGUGGAGAAUGAAUCGUCAGCGCAGCGCAUCUCCAGUAGAGACAACCAGACACGCCUGGACAACUUAAAGCCUAACUCCCUUUAUGUUAUUGAAGUGCGUGCAUUCAAUGGUGCAGGUUAUGGACCAACAAGCCAGAGAUAUGAGAUCUAUACAAAGAAAGCACCUCCAAGUCGACCACCAAAAAUAAUCGGCACAAGGGUGUAUUCCAGUGGAACCUUAGUCAACGUUGCCUGGCAGCAUGUGGAGGCUUUUGCCAAUGAGUCUAGUGUGGAAAGCUAUAAGGUGCUAUAUAGACAGGAGGGUCACAGCACUGGGACACUGUACACCACAAAUAAGCAGUUCAUAGACCUGCCCUUUCACAAAGAUGGAGAUUAUGUUGUGGAGGUGAGGGCACAGAGCAAGGGAGGAGAUGGAGCUGUGGCUCAAGUGCGGAUCUCAGCCGGAGGAGUUUUGUCAGCCCCAUCCCUGAGCCUUUGUGUCCUGCUGCUGGUGGCAUUGCUUAGCCUGACUAUCUGAAUGUAGCGCCGUCUUUCUUCUGUCUUCACUCUGUACAGUGAAGAGGACUCUAACCUGAUGACGCCUUACAGGAUCCUUUGCUCCACAAUGAAUAUUUCCAACCCGAACUAAGCUAUGUGCGAGGAAAAGACUAUACAGGAAUAUGGAAAGGACAAUGAUGUAAAGGAUUGACUUAUCCAGUAUCGACUUAACCAUGAAACAGCGUCAAAGGAGUUCUCUCUUGUUCAGUAUGCCUUAUAAUAUCUCUUACCCUGCUCAUGGAUGCUUGUGGGUAGAGUUGACAUCUGUGUUUCACAAUUUACAAUACAAACAUUAAAAGGCUGUUUCAGCUUUAAUUUGAAUUAAAUUGGCUGCUCAUUCUGUAGCACCAAUGGUUUUCUCGAUUGAAAUCAUUUAGUUUCUGCAGUGUGCUCUGUACCCGCAAGUGACAUAUGAUGAGAGAUCGGCAUGAGAGCGUCUGAUAGCUAGUUUGGUUUGCGAAACUUCAGCGAAACUUCCUUUUUUUUUUAUUUAUAAGCUAAUGCUUUCCUUAACGGAUACAGUCAAAGCAAACUCCUCUGCUACUCACUCAAUACAAACUAAACAAAGUUACGCAGAAUAGAAAAUAUAGCAGUUUAUUUCAAGCUAGUAUAUGUAUAUGCAAUAAUUUAUAAGCUAUCAGUUUUUAAAUAUAUUUCGAUAAUUCUUUUAUCAUGUUAACAUAUCUUUAAUAGAAAGAUUAUUUUACGUUAGAUAUGUAAUUUUAAAGCCCUUGAAUAAAAGAACACUGAGAAGUAAGAGUGAUGUGCGCUUAUAGCCUCUGUGGACUAAAUGAGGAUGAUCAGGGGUUAAAAUGUAAAUGUAUAUAUAUAUAUAUAUAUAUUAAUUUCUGAAACUAUGUACUGAGGAGUAAUUGUGUUUGUAUGUGUACUGUAUGUGUAGGAUUCAUAUCCAACCCAUGGUUUUAAACCCAAACCUGAUGAUUGUGUUUGAGUGUGUGUAUAUAUGCUUGUAAGUGAACUGUGGCAUGAAAACAUGGGCCAUAAUCUCACAGCUCCUUUAGAGACAGGUUUUGAUUUGGUAAAGUAAUGAUUAAGAAUAUUUUAAGAGACCCUGUAACCCAAAAAGUGCUCUAAACAAAAAGAUCUGCAGCAUAAGGAUAACUUUUGUUUUGACUGUAUCUUUAAAUUCUGUCAUGUAGGAGGGAUUUAGAGAAUUAUUUUUUCUUUUUUUUCUGCUGUGUGUCAUGCUCCAAGUAACAGUUGUAUGGCCUGGGACAAGGAGCAGACCUGGUGGAAAACCUAAAUGCUAAUAAUAUUAAGGUCCUAAAACAAGUAAAAGAAAGAAAGAAAGAAUGAAAGCAUUGCAUUGUUAAAUGGAUUACGUCUGAUGAGUGUAGUUGCUGAAGCAUUUCAAACGUGCAUAACUGUUUUGAUUGUGUCAUAUGAUUCAUAAUCACCCGUCAACUUUUUGUGACAGUGAUCGUAUUGGAUAAGCAAACAAUUUAUUGCUAAAAGCUUUAGUAACCCAUUGUCUUUUCACAUGCUUUUGUAACCCAUUGACUUUUUUUCCCUAUUAGAGGUUUUCCAACGUGUCCAGAAUUUUUUAGUUAUUAAUAUGUGUUAAGAUUUGUUACUUGUCUUUUAGCUAAAUUUCUAUUUUGAUCUAUUUAAAAAAAAGAAAUUUGACAAUACUUCCUAAGGUUAUACAUUCAAGGUCCAUAACAUAUCACCACAAAUAGACUCUUUGUUCUUCUAUAAGAACAUGAUAUAAUCAGGUUUUUAUGUCCCAGGCUAAUUUAAAGUAACUUCUUGUUUUUCUUUUACAGUACUGUAUGUCAAGUAUAUAUACAUAAAUAUAUAUUGGAUGUUGACCUCUCAGAUGGCCUCUCUGUGUGCAUCUUAGCCAUAGCUUCAUCAUUUUUGUAAUAUUCAGAAACCACCACAAAGUGCUUUCUCUUUCCCUGUUUACUUCAGGCAACAGCAUCAUCAAUGUAGAAAAAAAAGCCAAAUGCAUGAAAGCCUUUAACUUAAAUAUUGCGAUCAGAAAUUAUUUGGAGUGCUAUGGAACACCCUCAGAUGCAUGAUCUGGAAAUGAAUCGUUCAUUCCAGUUGCAUUAGAACAUCAUUCUCAUUUGCGAUGAAGGUGACUCAUGUAACUCAGCUUCUUCAGAUAUGCCUCUGUCAGUCAAUAAAAAGUGUGUUUAGGCUGAAUGACAGAUUGUGUAGAUGAAAUGUAUUCCAUGAGUCAUUAUCUGCUUCAUUGAAGCCAUUCUUCUCAAAUAAAGUUUAUAAAGA